GUGGAGGGGCACUGCCAAAGGCAGCAGAAAUGGGGGUGAAGAGCGGGGCCUCUUGCUGAGUCACAGAGCGGAAGGGCACCGCCAAGUUUCAAAGGUCUUGCUCUGCUGUUUCGAAUGCCCGGCCUUUCUCUCCUUUCCUCCUGCCGAUCGUUUCACAGAAUCAGACAUUUCACUGAAGGAGCCAUUAACUUCCUCAGGUUCAGCUUGAGCUCACUCGUUAUGCAAUUAGAGGAUUUUUGUGAGAUAUAAACAAUUUGAAAUUACAAACUUUCCCCAGCUGAGAGCUAUUUUUAAACACCACGGUUUCCUUUAAAUAGAGAGCUUGUCCAUCAUGUUGUGAGUGCCGGGGAGCCUCCGCGAGCAGCAUCCCUCUCACUGCCAGCACUGCUGCCCUCCGGUACCGCCAGGUCUGCCGAUUAAUUUAACCCCGCUCAGCCGGCUCCGGUUCAUCUGGCCCGUUCUUCAGGGCGCAGACGUCCCAGUUCUGAGAUGAGUCCCUGAGCAGCAAAGAGCUUUUGUUUGUGCAGCACAUGAAGUACAACCAGGACAUCACAAAACACAGAGCUCCAAAUGCUGUAAUAUGCUUUUUCCAUCCAUGCUGCUUCAGUCCAUCAUCUGGGCCACGAGCUGAUGAGAUGGCACAGAGCGUCAAGUUCCAGCCGAGCUUUGAGGACGUUCUUAAUAUUCUGUCCCAGAUCCCACAAGAUAAACUCCUUGGCCUCAAAUAUAAACUGAGGCAUUUGAUAUCUGGGCGCAGCAGCACAUUACUGCAAGCCAUGGUCCUGCUCACUCUGGGACAAGAAGCAGAUGCAAGAAUUUGUCUGAAUGCCCUAGGAGAUGACCGGGCAGCCUUGUAUAUCCACCAGACCAAACUGGGCCCUGCAGGACUGCAGAAAGAUGGGGAGAAUUUGCAGCCCCCCCAGCUGGAUGCAGGUGCCAUGGAACUUCUGGCACAGAUCUACUCGCUGCUGGCAAAGGAAGAACUGUGCAAUCACGAAGCUGUGGUCAAAGCUGACCAGGCUGCCACCAAAGCUUGCAAUGCCAGCAGGGAUGCUCAGAGGGACACGCUCAACAGCGUCCUGGCUGGGGAGCAGGAAAAGUGUGGCUCAGCUAUCAGCACUGAGGGUUCCGACAGCAAGUUUCAGACACUGAGAUCUGAUGUGAGCACAGGAUUUCUCCAGAAGACCAUCCCAAACAGCAUGGUGAAAAGCUCCCCAGUGCGGAUUAGAGCUGCCUCAGACCUCUCAGGCCCAAGGACCUUGCACUCCUCAGUGAGCUCUGCUUCUUUGACCAAUCUCCAGAUCAGUGAAUCGCCAACAGCCAUUUUUUGCAUGCAGCCUCCUUCCCGUGAGCCCAGCCGGCUGUGCGACAAGGACAGCAGCAGUGCGAGACAGCCCGCUGGAGACAGGCAGAGCCACAGCCUGCAGGAAACAGGCUGGGCAAGCAGCUCCAACGCUCAUCCCAGGCUGGACACAAAUGCCCAGGUCCCCCAAGCGGAGAAGGCUCUGCAGGUCAGUUCCUGCCAUCCGUCUCUCCCCAUUCCUGAAACACAGCUGCCCACGCUAGGUGCUGUCAGCCAACCCGUUGAAACGAGUGACAUUUCCAGCAUAGUGACAGCAGAACCGCCAACACCUAAAGAAAGCAGAGACCAAAAGCAAGAACUAUCUACAGAUCUUCCGGAUUCAAGAACCACAGUGGAUGUUGGUCCUGCCUGCAUGCCCACAAAGGACUCCUAUGUUCCAGUGGGCACUUCCAGCUCUGCACCUGCUUCCACUUCAUCCUGUUCUUUUCCUCCUCAUACCUAUUCCUCUUCAACCCUUUCCCCUCCUCUUUACGCUACUCCUUACAGCUUACCACAUCCUUCUCCCUUCCACUCACCCCCGUCUCCAGCCUGCCCUCCUCCUUUCCAAACUGUGAAAGCAGAAUUGGCAUCAGAGCCAGACAGUGGAGAGAGAAAGUUCUUCACUUUUGUUAUUCUGCAUGCUGGGGAAGACGAGCAUGUUGCCUGUCGGGUGAAGAACCUGCUGGAGAACAUGGGGGUUCCCAACGGCGCUACAUUCUGCGAGGACUUCCUCGUUGCAGGACACAGCCGCCUGACUUGCUUUCAGGACGCUUUGGAAAACUCCGCUUUCAUCAUCCUUCUGCUGACCAAGAACUUCCUGUGCCACCUGUGCAUGUUUGAAACAAACUCAGCUCUGAUGGAGUCCAUCCAGCGACCAUCCAAACGCAACUCGGUCAUCCCUUUUGUACCCAAAGAGAACCCCCUGGAGCGGAGUGAGAUCCCCAGCAUACUCAGUGUGCUGGUGGCCUUGGAUGAGAACUCUCCUGGGUUUGCCAGGGUAGUGAAGAACACCUUUACCCCCAGCAAGAUCAAUGAGAGGAAAGCCAUGUGGUGCCAGAUACAGCAAGUCCAAGAGCACAAAAGGAGACAACAGCUGUAUAAGGAUUACUACCAAACCCCGCAGAACGUGAGUGCUCUGAACCGUGGCUCCCUUCCCCAGGUGCCUCUGUCAGGAACACCGUGCUUAGAGCAGCUGCUGGAACAGCUCAUGCCUCACCAGUCGUCCCAGCAGUGCUGUCCCCGUUGGGCCCCGUACUGUCCCCCUGCUGCCACAUACCCCCCUCCCCCAGCUGCUCACCCCGCGCCUGCUCAGCUGGGUCCCUCCCCUUCCCACCCGUUUCAUCUCGCGCCGGGCUACCACAACGUGGUGCCGGAUUCAGGAGGUGCCCAGCCCAUCAUCAUUCAACACGCUCGAAUGGUUCAGAUUGGGGACCACAACACAAUGCAAGUGGAAACUGCUGCACCAGGCCCGCAGGACAGCGACAAAGAAUCCACGGAGAAUUCUUGAUCAGAGAUGCAGGAGGUCAGCCAGGGCCUGAGACACGUUUCAUUUCAAACCCUAGAUUAUACUGAUUCUGCUGGAACUGGGACUAUUUGUAUUUCACUGGGGGUAAAAGGUGCUGUUUCUUGGGACACGGGAGAAAACCACUUUCUUUUGCACUGGACAGAAGAGGUUGCAAUCUCCUGGGACUACUAUCCACGUGCUUAUUUUCAAGUAACUUAGAAAAGAAUUUUCCCAAUUUUCUGAGGGUUACUGGAAGGUUUUAGAAAUAAAUUUUAAUUAAUUUGUGUUU